AUGAAACAUAAAAAUAAUCAACAUGGCUCUUCCAAAAAGAAAUUCAAGGCCGGUUCAAAAAAGAGGGAAAAUAAGUGCAUCGUUACGUUCGAUGAAAAAGAUCGACAGGAUUAUCUCACAGGUUUCCACAAGAGAAAAGUGGAGAGAAGGAAGGCUGCAGUGGAAGAAAUAAAGAAGAAAAUAAAAGAGGAGCAAAUCAAAGUCCGAGAAGAAAGACAUAAAGAAUACUUGAAGUUGUUGAAAGAAAGAAGAGAUGCUCUUGAUGAGGAUAAAGAUGAUUUAGAGGAUGUCAUAACUGCAACUAGAGAAUCUGUUCAAUAUGACCAUCCCAAUCACACUGUUACUGUGACAACCAUCUGUGAUCUUGACCUGACGGGGUCUCACCUGCUGGGCCCAGUAUCUGACCAGGUCGAUGGGAAUAAAGAAGAAACCAACCAACCAACCAAAGAUGAGGAAAGGAAAACGGCCAUGCCGAAAAAAGCGGGGAAUCCUAUUCUCAACAAAAAGAUCCGCUCCCUAAAUGCUUCUCUCAACACUUUUACUGCCAAGAGAAAGAAGGGAAAACAGAAAGGCACAAACCGAAGAACAGACAAAAACGUUUCCGAAACUGAAAAGAAGACCAAAGGUGGGAAAACAACUAAGAGAGAAAGACGCAGACGAACUGGGAAGAAUGAGACUUACAAAAUUUGGAAUGAGUGCAGCAGACUCACUAUGCCCAUCUCUCCUGAUGAACCUGUGUGCCCAAAGUUCCAACCGAACAUCUUUGACCCCUCCCGCUGCCACGACUGUCUGCGGCAAAAGCACCUUCACUCUGGGGCAGGGGAAAGCACCGGAAUAGCACCACAGCAGAAGCCCUUUUCAGCAACAGAUGGGAAUAAGAUAGAAAAUGUGACUCAAAAUGGCAUUACACAGAGCAAAGGAGUGUUGUUGACAACAAUUCCAUCUCAAGCAGAAGAAAAGGACACCAGCUGUAAGGACCAUUUGGACUCUAUAGUGAGCAGGUAUUGCGAUGUUGGUGGAGGGCAGACGGGCGACAGAGAGAGCUCCUUCUGCAUCUUAAGCCCCGAUUGUGCACUCUACAUCAGUGAAGGAGACGACGAACACAGCACUGGCAGUUCCUGUGAUCAGAGUGACUACCAGGAAGUCAGCAGUUCCAUAAGCACAGAGGACGAAUACCAACCUGUCCAACACCAUCCGACCCACUUGGCCAUGACCCGGCUUGACCAUCCGCCCCACCGAUCCAACCCUCAAAGAUCUGCCAGUCCAACCACAGAAGAGGGCACGUAUAAAGACAGCCAGCACAGACCAGUGAACACAGUAAUAAUGUUCUACCUCCAAGUCCGAGAAAAGGCGUUUUGUCGUGUGUCAGUCUCACGGAGGAUCUCCGAGCUGCGCGCCUGUUGUCACUAA